AUGUUUUCUCUUGGUCAGCAAAGAAAACAAAAUGACCCCAAAGAAGAGGAUAGCAGUCUUAUGUCUUCGAGAAUGGCCCUCAAUGACCAUAAAGCAGGAAUGCAAAAUUUGGACAGAGAAAAAAUUAAUCAGAUUAUAUACGAGGCAUCAAAAGGUUCAAAAUUCUUCGAAAAUGAAAAGAAAAAAGAUGAGCAGGUUAAUCAAAGAAUUGUUGAACAGCAAAAGAAAAUUGCAACAAUUACAGAGUACGAAUUGGCAGCAGCAGAAAAACAGGCUGAUAUAAUACUGCAAAAUUUGGAGCAGAUGAGGAACCUCAAGCGAACAAUUGUGCAUAUCGACAUGGAUGCUUUCUAUGCAGCAGUAGAGACACGAGAUAAUCCUUCCUUGCAGAACAAACCAAUGGCUGUUGGUAGCAAUUCGAUGCUAUCAACAUCAAAUUAUGUUGCCCGACGUUUUGGAGUCCGAGCUGCAAUGCCAGGCUUUAUUGCCAAAAAGCUUUGUCCCCAACUUGUGAUUAUCCCUCCAGAUUUUAAAAAAUAUACCUCAGUUAGCCGAGAACGUCCACUUCCAGGUUAUAAGUCAGUCACUUUUGGUGUUUCUGCUGAAGAUGCAGUGCAAGAAAUGCGUUAUCGAAUUGAACAGCGAACACGACUCACUGCAAGUGCUGGAAUUGCACCAAAUACAUUGAUUGCUAAAAUCUGUUCAGAUCAAAAUAAACCAAAUGGUCAAUUUAGCGUUCCAUAUUCUAGAGAAGCAAUUGAGGAAUUCAUGAGAGAUUUACCCAUCAGAAAGGUCUGUGGAAUUGGUAAAGUAACGGAGAAAAUGUUGCGGGCACUGGAUAUUAUCACUUGUUCCCAUUUAUACAAACAAAGAGGACUCCUUCAUAUUCUAUACUCUGAGAGUUCAUUUGAGCACUUCAUGCGUGUCUUCCUCGGGAUUGGCUCAACACGAGUCGAAAGGUAA